AUGGAGAGAGCACAGAAGCAGCCAGAUGACAGGUGGCGAGCCUUAAAUCCGUUAAAGGAACCUCCUAGGAUGAAGCAUAAGACGACCUUCGAAUUAGUCGAGAAUACAGACAAAAAGAAGAAACUCGAGUUCAAGAUCACCAUCGAUAGACACCCACCACCGGGUUUCGAAUUCGUCCCUGUUGGUUAUCCGCAGUUGACGCAAAUGUGUAAAGAACUAUCUAGAGAACAAGACGCUAUGAUCUUCAUUGUUUCAGACUCUAAGAACCCGGAUAACCUCGACCAUCAUGUAAACCGUGUUGGGUAUCAUUUUAGACAGAUAAUUGUUGAGCAAGCUCGCUCGAAACUAGCAGCUACUGGACAAAAUGUCCACGUCCCCCCAACCCAUACAUCUGGCGCACCUGAACCGAUACCUAAGAGCCAAGCGGAAAUUGAUGCUCAAGCAGAUGCGGUUUUAAGAGAUCUUUUCCCAAGAAUACCUCAUACCGAUCGACGCGAAAUUAUCCAGCAUGCGUUCCAAAAAGAUGGAAAAUUCCAUGGCGAGUCUAAAGUUGGCAUGGUUAAAGAACUAACCCUAGCACGCAGGGUUCAACUUGCGGCGAUCGCCCACAUCAGGCACAACCACACGCGUUAUGAUGAAUUACUAAAAGAAACUAACUGGCACAACGCUCGAAGAGCUGUAGAAAAGCCGUGCCUAGACGUCAUCGUCAAGUGGCGAGGUGACGAAGAGACCGGUCGUGACCAACUUGACGAGAUACUUCGUGAAGUCAUUGAGAUUUCUGAUACCGAGGAGGAGUCCGAGGAAGAAUCUCCCAAUGCAGAGUCUCUACCUGCCCGACGCGUUGUCACGAUGCCCACCAAUACAUUAGCGAGGUCUAAGGCAGAGCCACAAGGUAAAGAGGCCACUAACCCUGAGCGGCCGCCCCGUAUUCUUGGACCAUCUAAGCAGAGAGCGAUUGCAAAGGCCGAGAAGAGAAGCGCUCGAAAGACGCAGCGUUUUAGGAGAUAUGCCGCCGCUGCUGAAGCUCUUGCGGGCUCAUCCGAUCAGAGAGUCUAUGCUGAGGACUCGAAUGUGGCCCCUUUUGGUACUAUUCCAAUGGAUUUUACCAGAAGUCCGGGUUCCACCCACCCUAUUGGCUCGAGUCGCGAACCAACAGUGGUGGCGCGUGGUACUCCUCGUAUUGAACAGAUGUCGCGUUAUCCUGAAUUGCGAUCAGACCAGCAACGUUUCAAAGGCGGCCCUCUGAGAGAGAUGGUUACUAUCACUCAUGGUAUUCCCGAAGCCAAUGAAUACGCUUCGUCUCAACUGAUGCGCACCCCAGAAAGCCAUAGGCCCAAAGUUGGGCAUGCAACAGCAAGCCAUGGUCGCCAAUCGAUUCCAGUUUCGCCAGUAAGAAACGGAUUGCAAGAUAUGUUGUUACAAUCUAUCGAGCCUGCUUCUCCCGUUGUCCACAGGGAGCCCCCUGAAGCUCCUCGGAUUCUGUAUCGUGAGCCUCAACGUUUUGCGGAAGAACCUCGUGUCGUUUCUCGGCCCAUCCACGACCAUACAGGUUUUGUUUCGUGUCCCGAAUCUCCUAGAGUCGUGAGUCAUGGUAAUGUGUUGGUAACAAGACGCCUUCGUGGCGCAGACUAUCCCUCCGGAACCCUUGAUGCGUACCCCAAUCCGUUUGCCCCAGCCAGCCGUCAGGUUCAAGGUGAGGAUCUACGACAUGUGCCAUCUGGAUAUAUUCCAGAUCGCCCGUCGUCAUCUUUUAGAGGUGCAGACCAAGCCCUAUCGCAGAAUCAGUCCUGGCCAGUUCCUAGUGAAGGAAUGGUGCACUACAAUGGUGAUGUUUCUCUUAGGACCAGAGCAAAUCCGAUUAUCAUUGAUGACGAUGAUCAUAUGCCUCACAGACCUCGUCAAGUAAUUGAGGUGCAACGGCAUCCUGGUAGAGAUUAUCCUGUUACACCGCAGGGGCAAGAAGGUUUCUUUCACGAUGCUACCCGUCAAGGAGACGCGUACAUCCGAGAUGAGCCUCGAGUUGUAUUAACUGAUGCGGCGCCAACCCGGCCGAGAAGCGCAUUUGAUUACCGCCGUCCUGGCAACCAUCCCGAUUCCGUAUUGACUUCGUAUCACGAACCCAGCGUUUACAGAGUAGCAGCGCCAGAGUUGCGACGUCAUGUAGUCGAUGCCGUCCCUGAACCUGAAACCAGAUACUACAGAGAGCGUAGCCAGCACUUGUACGAACCAAGAGAAUGGCCGGCAAAUGUGCCUCGAGAGGCUCGAGCUGUUCCUAUUGGACUGGCUCGCCCCGAAGUGUAA